AUGUGGAACCAACUGCAGGAUACUGAUAAUACGGACUCUGCCAACAACAAUGGCAAUGGAUUUGUUAAGCAAUUCAGAAAAUAUAAAAGCUUCAUAUACAUAUUACUUAUAAUUCUCGUAAUUUUUGGAAUAUAUAUUUCCUACUAUGAGUUAAAUGAUAAACAGGUAGACUUUGAGUUGGACUGUAAUGACUUGAACGAAAAAUGCUUGACGUACAAGUACCCUGAAUUUAAGCCCCAUCGAAUGAUCAUUGUUGAUGUAAACCAUGAGAACAACAAUGUAUUGUUAAGGAGCAAUGCUCCUCUAUUCAAUGGAGUUUUUUCAGAAGAUCAACUACGUAAACAUAUUAAAAAUGUUAUGGAAAAUGCAAAAUUAAAAUACAGCGAUGAUAUGCCUCUUCAUAUAAUAUCCUUUUUGAGAAAUGACAGCAAGGAAGGAUGUUCAUAUACGUCUGAAAGGUGCUAUGCAAAGGAUGCUACUAUCAUAAACCAAGUUAUCCUAGGCCACUCAGAGGAUCCCUAUAACGUUGACAUUAAGACCCAAGAAAAUGAACUUAAGAGCCUCAACUGGGAUACAGACCAAUUGAUAAGUAGGAUAAAUGAACUGAGCGAAAAAUUCCAUAGUAUGAAAAAUACCAUUUUUAUUGUUCACUGUAGAAGAGGAAGAGAUAGAACAGGAGAAUAUGUAGCUGCAUACAGAAUGAUAGUUAAAAAACAUGACUUUGGUACUGUUGUUAAGGCAAAUGAAGAAAUAGGAAAAGUAAAAACUCCUUAUUUGAGGAUGCAAAAAUGGCUUUGCUUGUAUUUAGAAAAGGUGAUGGGAUACACAGGAAUGGGUUGCUUCGACUUCAGAUGA